AUGGCAAGAGGAAGAAAUGAUCGAGUGAUUGUUGAUGCUUUGGAGGUGAUGGCUCAGUCUUUGCAAAGUCGUCAAAAUCAAGCUGGUGAUGAAUUUUGUGGAUUGGGAAAGUUUCAGAGAAACAAUUUGCCGACCUUCAAAGCCAGAUAUGAUCUGGAGGGUGCACAUACAUGGCUUAGAGAGAAUGAGGAUAUUUUUAUUGUGAUGGAUUGCACUGAAGUUCAAAAGGUGACUGAAUUUUUGGAGAAAUAUUUUCCAGAGGACGUGCGCAGUAAGAAGGAAAUCGAGUUCCCUGAGCUAAAGCAUGGAAAUAUGAAAAUUGAUGAGUGUGAUGCUAAGUUCGAAGAACUGGUCAAGUUUUGUCCAUAA